GAGCCAGCUGACCCCGUUUCCUCACCUGCUGCUGGGGCCAUGGGGGCUGGGGCCAGCGCGGAGGAGAAACACUCGCGGGAGCUAGAGAAGAAGCUGAAAGAAGAUGCUGAGAAGGAUGCCCGAACCGUGAAACUGCUGCUUUUGGGUGCCGGCGAGUCCGGGAAGAGCACCAUUGUCAAGCAGAUGAAGAUUAUCCACCAGGACGGGUACUCGCUGGAAGAGUGCCUCGAGUUCAUCGCCAUCAUCUAUGGCAACACGCUGCAGUCCAUCCUGGCCAUCGUGCGCGCCAUGACCACGCUCAACAUCCAGUACGGAGACUCCGCGCGCCAGGAUGAUGCCCGGAAGCUGAUGCACAUGGCGGACACCAUCGAGGAGGGCACGAUGCCCAAGGAGAUGUCGGACAUCAUCCAGCGGCUGUGGAAGGACUCGGGUAUCCAGGCCUGUUUCGAGCGCGCCUCUGAGUACCAGCUCAACGACUCCGCGGGCUACUACCUCUCGGACCUGGAACGCCUGGUGACGCCGGGCUACGUGCCCACGGAGCAGGACGUGCUGCGCUCGCGUGUCAAGACCACCGGCAUCAUCGAGACGCAGUUCUCCUUCAAGGACCUCAACUUCCGGAUGUUUGAUGUGGGCGGGCAGCGCUCAGAGCGCAAGAAGUGGAUCCACUGCUUCGAGGGGGUGACCUGCAUCAUCUUCAUCGCGGCGCUGAGCGCCUACGACAUGGUGCUGGUGGAGGACGACGAAGUGAACCGCAUGCACGAGAGCCUGCACCUGUUCAACAGCAUCUGCAACCACCGCUACUUCGCCACCACGUCCAUCGUGCUCUUCCUCAACAAGAAGGACGUGUUCUCCGAGAAGAUAAAAAAGGCACAUCUUAGCAUCUGCUUCCCCGACUACGACGGGCCCAACACAUACGAGGACGCGGGCAACUACAUCAAGGUGCAGUUCCUGGAACUCAACAUGCGGCGUGAUGUGAAGGAGAUCUACUCCCACAUGACGUGCGCCACCGACACACAGAAUGUCAAAUUUGUCUUUGACGCUGUCACAGACAUCAUCAUCAAGGAGAACCUCAAAGACUGCGGCCUCUUUUGAGGCUCCUGAACCCAGGCUUGUCCUGAGGCCCUGUAGCCUAUCCACCCUGUAGCCUCAGCCAAUAGCACCCAGUCGGCCCCCCAGGACUCGAGGGCCCAGCCUGUGGCCCCACCAGCCACAGAACCAAAACCCUGAGCCCCACUGGCUUUGAGUUCCCGACCCUCCCCCGAGCUCCCAGGCCUCCCCGAGCCAGGCGCCCCUAGCCCCGGAGCUUCCCUUCACCGCCUGGCCACGCUGGUCUCCAGGACCCACCACAGCCAGCCCCAGCUGGGAGCUGGCAGGACCUGGGGCAGCUAGAGCACACGGUGACUCAGCAGUGCCCGACUGACCAGCCUCCAGCAGCUCUCCGCCCCAGGGGCCCCAUGACUCACCCAGUGGGUGGGUCUGGGCUCAUCAAACAGCCCUCCCUCCCGGAGUUUCAUGAAGGGCGGGGGGGGGGGUGGGGGGGUGGGGAGCAGGCCGGGAUCCCUCCUCCAGGCAGGCCUGCUGCUUACAAUCAGCCUGCUCCAGCCGUACCACCUCCAUGUGACAAGUCGAACACCUGUCUACCCAGUAGCCAGUGACUGUCCCUCCCAGCAGCUGCAGGGGUCCAAAGUCUAAGCAGCUCUGGCCUGUGCACCUCUCACAUAGGUGAAUUAGUGAGUGGGGGCAGGCCUGGGGGCCCCUGGAUGCCGGGGAGAGACUCAAGCCGGACCCUUCCCCCGCCCCCCGGGCCAGUCUCAGAGCGGCCCCCUUCCUCCAGAGGCUCUGCCCCCUCCAUCCUUGGACGCCAGAUCUUUGUCCCACCUCACCCACCGACCCAGAGUACUUCAGGCCAGUCAGCCAAGGGGACGGUCUGUUGAGGGAGGGUACUGUUGACACCAGUGAUGGCCAAUGGUUGAACUGUCCUGAGGGGUGGCUGGGGGCAGAGUCCAGCUCCCAUUGAUCAGCCCCAGGCAGGGAUGGGGGACAGGAUGGAGGCCCCAGGGGUCUACCUCAGGUAGGGUCAGGAGCAAACCCAGGUGACCCUUGUCCCUGCCAGCAGCUUCUCUUGCCCUUUCUAUCCAGGGCCCACUCCCUGGCAGGAAUGACUGAGGGACAAAGGCUUACGUCCCCUCAUCCCCAUCCCCUACUGCUCCUCUGUCACCCGGCACUGGCUGACAUCAGUGGACAGGCACCCCCUCCAGUGCGGCCAGGGCAGGACUUGCAGUCCCCUCAGCUAGGUGCACCGACUUGGCAAUAAACCUUUGCAUCAGC